GCUUAUGCCCGGGUUUGCAGUGGUCACUGGUCAGUGUGCGAUUAGCGUCAAUGAUGUGUGGAUGUGCUCAGUGUUUGAUGGCUUUGCUUAUUCAUUUAUACAAUCUUACUGCCAGAUGAUUCCGGACUAAGAAGGUGAAGAAUAAGAGUGUAGUGUUUCAAAAUGAGGACUAGCAUAGAAAUAUUUGAAAAAAUGGGGAGCAAGGAAAACAAAGAGGUGAUACACUCGGGUCAUUUUAUGAUGUCCGAUUUUGAUGCCAUUGAAGCACAAGAGGAAGAAGAAAAGGAGGUAGAAAAAUACUUGGUUGAAAUACCUGAUCCGGAUGGGGAAAAAUCUGCUAGUGAAGAAGAGAAUGCUCAAGCAAUGGAUCCUUCUGAUGUAGUGGAACGUAGGAAGAAAAAAGUCAAGUUCAGGCAUAAAAAUGUGAUCCAGUACCAAAGUGCAACUAGCACAACAGAAAAAUUAUCCAUUGAUGAGUCUCUUACAAAACUGUUUAAUGCCAUGGAUAUUGCAUACAAGCACAAGAUCACUUCGCCGAAGUGGAAUCGCUUCAAAGGCCUCAAACUUCGGUGCAAGGACAAAAUUCGCCUCAACAACGUGAUAUGGCGCUGCUGGCACAUGCAGUUUAUCCUGAAGAAGAAGAUGCGAGUGUGCCAGUUUGCCCUGGACGUGGACAUGCACAACAAACCUGAGGUAAUGUACACUGUGAGGUAAUGUACAC